GCCAGAAACGUUUGACUGUGAGCACCAUCCAGCAUUCCCCAUUACAACCAUGUAUUCACCGCCUAGCUCUCCCCUGUCCCCUACACGACCACAACGUGUGAUUCCACACGGGUUUUUGGCCCCUCCCAAGCCCAAGCAACGUUCUGUCCAGGAGAUGUCCAUACGUGAAUUACACGAUCGGUACGACAACAACGCUAAGAUCCUUGCUUCACCAGGCGCUUCCACAUCCAAUCACAUACACAGAAUCUCCGCGGAGCAAUUGGAAAUCCAAGCAUUACUAGCGGAACUCGAAGGAGUCGAUAAGAUAAACGCCGUUAUGAGAAACACCAGAAUCAAAGACGAAGAUGAAAUGGACGUCGAAAUGACACCCGAGCCACAUGUGAGCAGGAUUAUUGAAACGAAGCGCCGAGUUCUGGCUCGCAGAUACGGUCCUGCAGAAGGGUCAUCUGCGAUGGGUACCCUCAGUAUGGACGAAGCUAUUGAAAUUGAACAACGUCGGCAUGCUGCUGACAUGGAGCGCCGUCAAAGGAUAGAAGAGAAACAGCGGCGAAUUCGUGACAUGCGAUAUGGCGACAUGUCCAAGGAGGAAAGAGAAGCAAGGAUAUUUGCCUUCAUGAAUCACAAACCAACCGACUCUGACAUGGAGGACGACUCCGAUGAAGAUGAUGACGAUGACGACCCAUCAUCUUGGUUUGAGGACGACCAGGAUGAUGGCAGAAAAGGCCAGGAUAUCAUCGAACCCGAUGAAGAGGACUAUUACGACAUCAUUCGGGUAGACGCUACCAAGGUUCGGUAUAGCACAUUCUAUGAACCACGGGACGACGAUUAAUUAGCAGCAAAAUCUUUCCUGAAUUGUGUGUAUCAUUAUAACUAGUAACACAGCUGUCGUGUAGUCGUAGUAAAUGUAUCGUUACUUGAUUAGCGAGCAUGUACGGGACAGCUCUUUCCGCGCUGGAGCCAUGAAGAAAGGCAAGCUGAAGGGAAUUCGUGAGCCACCACGCCGGAUAAGGGAUUCAGAGAACACAAACUGUUGUGGAAACUGCAUAGACAACUCAAGCGUGCGACCACGGAACCUACGUCGCAGAGUCACUCAAUCAGUGAUAGGAAAAGAUCCAAGUGAAUGUCAUUUACCCUUAGCGAAUUCUUCCAGACAUAUUACAC